ACUGUUCAAAGGGGGAACAUUUUGAAAAAAAGUUUGAGAAACUGCCUUUACUUUGACAAAUCUUAACCGGAAGUUGUACCUGACUCUAGCUUCCACCGCUGACUGUAAACAUUACCGUCUGUCUAUGGCUUACACACUUCUUCAGUUCAUCUUUACGUUACGGUAACGGAGCUGCCUUCAUUCACGUCAUACCGAGUUCAAACCAGCGGAGAAAUGGAUGACCAAGACGAAGAUCUCGGUGCAUUUGACCCAAACAUCCCAGAGGAGGGACCUUCAGCGCCCCCUCCUGGCUGGCUGGAUGAUGUACAUGGAUACCAGGUCCCUAAAGGAGAGGGUGACAACCCGCUGUAUCCACCCCCCCCUGACUAUAACCCGCAGCCUGAACUCAAUAAGAACACUUUGGUUCCCAUUGUCAGGGUCCCCACUGUGUCGGAGGAUGUGGCCAGAGAUGCCUUGCUCAAGUUUGUGGAAUCCAAAUGGAGAUACAGCUCCAAACCUGCCAGGAACCUCACCUUCAAAGAGCUCCAGCCCGUCACUGUGUACAGGUAUCGCCUGGAGACCUACACUGAGACCAGAACCAGCGCCUGGCAGUUUGAAUCCUACAACGGACAGGUGGUGGAUGGUCCUCAGUUUGGGAUGAGCCCUCCACCGUGGGACAUUCCUGUCACGCCACCUGCGAGAUACACCGACAAGGUGGAGAAGGUCCGCGUGCCGCACUCUUCCUUCGUGAAGCUGUGUCACAAGUGCAAUGGCUGUGGAAGAACUCGCUGUGGUAACUGCCAUGGAAGAGGCCAGAAGCGUUGCUUUGGCUGCAAUGGCACAGGGUUCAGAAGGCGUCCCGGGAAUCACAAGUCGUCCGGGAAGACGCGUUGUUCUGCUUGUAGCGGGAGAGGCCGUAAGAGGUGUUCCUCCUGUCACGGCCAAGGCUACAACACCUGCUCCGUGUGUCACGGCAGCCAACGCCUGCUGCAUUUCAUCCAACUCACUGUGACGUGGAAGAACGAUAUAACUGAAUUCAUUCCCGACCGCCAGCCUGACUUCCCUGACAAGAAGUUUGAGAAAGUGACGGGAGAUCCGUUCUUCGUCGAUGAGAGCAUGCUGGUUUAUCCUAUCCAGGGUUUCCCAGAUCAGGAGAUCUGCGAUGUUUCCACAAGAAUGAUUAACGAACACCUCAAUCGCUUCAGUUCCACCAGCCGCAUCCUGCAGCAGCGUCAGACCAUCGAGAUGGUGCCCCUGACUCACGCUUACUACACGUACAACAGGAAAGACUACAGCUUCUUCGUCUAUGGCGUGGAGAACAGAGUCUUUGCUGCCAAAUAUCCCACUGCGUGUACUAUUUUAUAAGUACCGUCUAGUCCUGACAAUGCAUGUUCAUGUGUAGUAUGGGUCAUAUCGUGGGAAAAAGGGGGGGGGAAGCAGAAUCAUCCAUUUAAUGUACCACUGUGUAUUCACCAAAAAUCUAUUGUAGCGAUAUGAAGUGUACUUUUAGUUUUACUACAUUUAUUGCAGCACUUAUUGUUCAGCAUGGCUUCAAGUUUUAUAUUCUGCAUCUCAGUGUCUCUGAUAUACAGUAUUUAGCUGCUUUAAAUGACCAAGCAAAGCCUUAAUCAUUGUGCUAAAACAUUUAUAUACAGUAUAUUGGGGGAUGGAUGGGGGUCACUAAAGAGGUGUUUUCAUCCGAGAGACGCUGUGAUUGGUGGAUAGGAUGUGGAGCAGGGGAAUGA